CAACCAAGUAAAUAAGGAAACAUUUGACAUCGAUGAUGGUGACAUCAUUCCAAGCGAAAGAAAACGAAUAACAAUUAACAACAAGAAAUGUGGACGCUUUAUUGUUUCAAUAAUAAAAAAACAAUUUUGGCACUUUGAUUUUUAUAAGAAAUGUGCUAUUUUCCCGUUUGAUUGUGUUGUUUAAGCCAUCGUGAAAGUGAAAAAAAUUUUGUGCACAUAGAUGCUGUGAUGGAUGAAGUUUCAAUAAAUGACCCUGGAGGUGGAAAUGGAGGAAUUCUAACUUGCGCUGGUUGUUUGAAUGCAAUUGACGACGAUGAAUUUGUUCAAGCUCUUAAUCAAGAAUGGCAUAUUGAUUGCUUUCGGUGCUCAGCGUGCGAUAUUGGAUUAUCAUCGUGGUACUUUGAAAAAGAUGGCUUACUUUUUUGUAAAGAUGAUUAUUGGGCAGCGUAUGGCGAAGCUUGUCAAGUUUGUGGUCAAAUCAUUACCGGACCCGUCAUGUUGGCAGGUGAUCACAAAUUUCAUCCAGAAUGUUUUGCCUGUACUUCAUGUGGUGCAUUCAUUGGUGAUGGUGAGAGUUAUGCCCUCGUUGAAAGAUCAAAACUUUAUUGCGGCAUUUGUUAUAAACGACAAAUGCAACCAUUGAAGAAUAGAACUGCCAAUCAGCCUUUCUCAAGGAAACCUCACAGUAUUCGACUUGUUGAAAUCCCUCCAAACACCGGUGACACUGAAAAACAAAGAGGUAUUAGAUUGACAUUGGACACGACACCAAGUCCUCGUAGCUGUGGUGGUGGUUUACUUCGUAUUUCCGAGUUAUUGAAAAAUGUUCGUGGAAAGAUCUGUAAGCUGGUGGCCUCUGUGAUGGAGGUUUUCUUUAGACUUUGCUGCCACUUCUCUAAUCAUAGGCUUAAUAUGUCUAACGAUCUUAUGUCUUUACACAUUGGAGAUCGAAUUUUGGAAGUCAAUGGCACACCUGUUAAAGAUCAACCAAUUGAAAGUAUCGAAAAUUUAAUUCGAUAUUCAGACUCAGUUUUACAGUUAACAAUAGAACAUGAUCCAGAUGCAGUUUCACGUAGGCCUAUUUUCUCAAAUAUUCCGUCCACAGUAAUGUCAACAUCAAGUCCAAAAACAAGUCCCGACAGUAAAGAGAGAAUUUUUAAAAGAAGAGAUGAAGGUUACAUUAGUGGAACAAGAAGUCGACAAUUACGAAGAACAAAGGAUCCAGCACAUAAAGAAAGAAGCAGUUCAAUGUCAAGAUUAUUGGAUGUAACGUCGCCAAAUCCCACAUGCGAUUUAAGUCGUACGAGAUCGUUUCGUGUUGAACCGAAUAAUCAAAGAAUUUUUCGAGCCAGCGAUUUGAUCAAGGGCGAACUUUUGGGGAAAGGAUUUUUUGGACAAGUCUAUAAGGUCACUCAUCGUGAUACAAAUGAAGUUAUGGUGCUCAAAGAGCUCUAUCGGGUCGACGAGGAAGCGCAAAAAAAUUUUUUAAAAGAGGUCGCAGUUCUUCGAUCAUUACAUCACAAUAAUGUUCUACGUUUUAUCGGUGUUCUUUACAAAGACAAAAAACUUCAUCUCGUCACCGAAUUCAUUGCAGGAGGUACUCUACGCGAGAAACUUCAUGAUGGAAAGCAUCUACCAUGGGAGCAAAGAAUUUCAUUUGCAAAAGACAUUGCAGCUGGCAUGGCAUAUUUACAUUCCAUGAAUAUUAUUCAUCGUGAUUUAAAUUCUCAUAAUUGUCUCGUUCGCGAGGAUAAAACAGUUGUUGUCGCUGAUUUUGGACUCGCGAGAAUAAUGCACAGACAUUCCGAGGUAAGAUGCUCGAAAAAGGAACGUAAAAAACGUUACACAGUUGUUGGUUGUCCCUAUUGGAUGGCACCAGAAAUGAUGAAGGGUAAUAAAUACGAUGAGAAAGUUGAUAUAUUUAGUUUUGGAAUUGUUGUCUGUGAAAUUAUUGGUAGAGUUCAAGCAGAUCCUGAUUAUUUACCAAGAUCAUCGGAUUUUGGAUUAAAUAAACAUGUUUUUAAGGAGAAAUUUUGCGCCAAUUGUCCAGAAACAUUUUAUACAAUAGCUUUUCUCUGCUGUGAUUUAAAUCCCGAUAAAAGACCGCCCUUUGAAAUUAUGGAAGUUUGGCUUGAAGGUUUAGCGAUGCAUUUAUCAGUUGGUGCAAGUCUACCGUCUGAUCUUGAAUUUGAUAUUCGACAUUACAUGGGACCAAGUCCAAGUAGUAGUGAAUCAACAACACCCGAGACAUUGGCACCUCAAUUGAAACCAAUUACCGAAGGUCAAGUUCAUCAGGAGAGAAAACGAGGGGGAUGCAAUGACAGUACAUUGGAAAGGGAAAUUUCCCCAGAACGUGGUACAUCAGAAGAGAAGGUAAUUGAAUCUGUUCGAUAUUCAAGGCAAAAUAAUCAAGAAAAUAAUGGACGUCAUCGUGGAAGAAAAUAUUCCUCUGAAAAAAAAGAAACUGUUCUUGUUUCUCCAGAUGUUAGUGGAUUUAGUGGACGAUAUUUGAGAACACAUAAUAAAUCGAAAAAUUCUUCAGAAAUUACCAAAGAAAAUUUACGAAGUUUACAAAAUAUAAAAUGUAAAGACGAAGACAAAAAUGAUGAAUUUGAUGCAAAAGUAACACUUGAUAAAAUUAAAUACGUUGGUAAUAUUGAACCAGGAACAGAAUCAAAACAUGAAAAUAAGUACAAACUUAAUAAUUCACUAUUAUCACAACAGGAUAAAAUUAAAUUUAAAACACCAAAUUCUACUAAUAUUGUUGGUACAUAUUUGAGGCAAAUUAGUAAAUCAAUAACACCUUCUGAGAAGGAAAAUAAAACUUGCCGUCGUAAUAAUUCUAAUUCAAAAGAAAAUGAAUCACGUAAAGGUUCCGUAUCCGUAGACGAUACAGUUCAUUCAAAGACAACUGGUUGUUAUUUAAGAAGAACAAAAAUAUCACCAACAAAAGAAACAACAAAAAAUGCCUUCUCAAAAGACGAUGAAUCAUUAGAUAAUUCAUUUGGUGAGAAAAAUGAAGAAUUAUCUUGCCAAAAAUUUCCAUCGAAAAUUGAUAAUUUUUCCGAAGAAAUGGAUUUGAAAAAUAUUCUCGAAAGUAAAUUAAAGGCUGUUGAUAAUAAUAGAUUGAAAAAUCCAUCAAAUUCUUAUGAAGUUCAGAGGAAGGAUAGUUUUGAUUUGGAUAGUGCGGUGGGUACAAUGAAAAGUGAUUUUUUCUCAGAGCUCGAUUUAGAUAAGCUUCGAGAUGAAAGUGAAAUACCAGAAUUAUGCCACAGUGAAAAAUGUCAUUCACACAGUAGGUGCACUUCUCCAAUUGAGAGCACUGCUUUGUAGAGAGAAAAAAAAAACCACAAAAAUUAAGACUUGCCCCAUUUAAUAUUAUUGUAUCUAGUUUUAGAAAAUUUUCUUUUCUUUUCAAGGCUCUACUCUAUCGAAUAGAAUUUUUUUUCUAUCGAAAAUUUGUAAAUAAUCAGAAGCUCUUUAAAAAUGGUCAGUAUUACAUCGAAUCUCGUUUGUAAAUGUUAAAUUUACAAGCAAAUUUAUAAAUGAUACAUUCAUCAUUGUAAGUUAAUUUUCAUUUAUAAAUUUAUUAUUAAGCGUGUGACACAAAGGCAACAAUUUUUUUUUUUAAUGAAAACAAAGGCAUAAAAAACAACAAAUUAAAAAAAAUUAAUUUGCUUAAUUAUAUUAAUUUUAAAUAUUUUUAAUAAUAUUAAAAUGUUUUCGAAAUUAUUAACUUAUAAUAUUGUAUAAAAAUUAAAUAUUAAAAAAAUUAUUUUGCCUAAUGUGUCAAACGUUCUUAAAUAAUAAAUUAAUACAUUUUUAAAUUCAUAAAUGAAACGUCUAUAAAUUAUCGACAUUUAUUUGAAUCUCAAAAGAACAUUUUUCUCAAAUUGACAUCUAACGUUUAAAGUUAAUUGAUUUUUGAAGAAAAAGUCUGAGUGGGAUUUUAAAACUGAAAUUGUUACAUUCCCAGCAACAAUUCCAGGUACUAUUUAAGUACGCUUCCACUGAAAGCAUUCCAUCCAGAUUUUGGAUUUUUCAAAACAAAAAAAAAAUAAUAAUAAAUCGUUAAUUACCGCAAAGAGAAUUCUUGUUAAAGUUCUCUAAAAAAAAAACGUGCAACGAGACUGAGUGUAACUUGAAAAGUUUUGAUGAUAAUAAUUAUUACAUAGUAAAGAAGUUACGUGCUUCCUUAACGAAUUUAGAAUAGACUUGUAAAGUAUUUCAACGAUCCAUUAUCGUGUAAAAAUUAUUGUAAAUAUUUUAAAAAUGGUUAGAUGGCUAGAGUUCUAAAAUAUAAAUUUCGAGUUGGAAAACAAAAAUUGUUAACGGAAAAAUUUUAUUUUACUUUUUUUUAUUACUUGUUGAGAUAUUUAAAUUGAAAUAUCUUCAAUUUUCUUCUUCAAAAACUAAUUAAUAAGUUUCUUUUGAAUUAAGCAGUAAGAGACUUAUUAAUAAUUAAUUAAUAAUAUAUUUGUUAAUUAAUUACUCAAUAAUAAAAAAAACAAGAAACUAAUUAAUUAAAUAAUUAGUAAAAUUUUUUAAUAAAACAGAACUCUAGAUUCACAGGUGCAAAGGUAUUUUUCAGUGAAUUAUUUAAUUUGGAAACACGAAUUGCAAUAAAAUAUAAGUAAGGUGCAAAUUAACGUUAAAAAGGCCUAUAUUAAUUCACUAAAAUACCAAAUUCAUUUUAAAUCCAUACAUCGAGUUUAAUCAUAAUGACCUGAAAUAAUGUUAUGUAUAAAAAAUUAUAAUCUGUAUAUACAAUUUAAUGUAGAAGCUAGAUUUUACUAAAUUAUAAGUUUUUAAAAGGCGUAACAGUAUUAACGCCACAUUUUCACAAAAAAAAAAAAAUAACACACACGUUCAUUAUUUGACGAAAGUAACUCAAGAGGGUUUUUAAAGUUAUUUUAAAAAAAGAGAGAGAAUGUUUCCAAAUCCAAAAUGGAUUGCUAAUCAUAUAAAAAUCAAAUUUUUUCAGCUCUCUUAUAGGAUUUUAAAAAGGCUGCUAUUUCUAAAUCAUUCUUAAAUAUAUUGUUCACAGAAGUGCUAUGUAGUAGUUUAUUUAAUUACUCAAAUUUAAAAAAUAAAUUGUUGAGUAAAUUAGUCAAUUUAAAAAAAAAAAAUUUGUUUACUGAUAAUAUGAACGUUUUGCUUUAUAAAAAGAAUAUGUAUAAUAUAAAUAUAUAUUAUAUAUAUAAAUUGAAACAUUAAAAUGUUUAUAAAGUGAAAUAAUUCACUUUUUUGUAUUAAAUUUAGUUAUUGAAAAAUGAUAAAAAAAAAAAAAUAGUUGAAUCGAUGUUUUUUGUAGUGAUGAAAAAGCUAGAAAUUAAGUAAGCUUUUUUUACUUUUCUAUAUACGCCCAUAACUGAAUUUGACAAAAAUAUGUGAUUUUAUCUCCACUUUUAAAAGCAUUGAAGCAUUAAAGCUUUAAGAUAAUUAAGACGCUAUAUUUGACGCUAUCCAAAGAGUUCUGAACUAUUUCCAAAACAAAAAAAAAAAAUAAAAAAGAAUACAAAAAAAAUAUUAUAAAUUAUUAUUUAUAUUUAUAUUAUAAUAAUUAUUUCAUUAUUAAAAAAAAAAUUAUUAUUUACUCUAUUUUUUAAAAUCGAUUUAAUUUGUGAAAAUUAACGAUCCCACGGCACUUGAGGAAAUUGAUAAUAUUUUACUGUAAAAUUUGUCUAUAACGUACAUGUAUAUGAAAAAGGUGUGUAUCAUAAAAUAUUCAAUAAUAGAAA